CAUUGAGCAAGCUAAACGAUGCGAGCGCUCGCAGCCGUCCAGUAGAGUUUCCCAGCCCGCGGACCAAGCACAACACCGAAAAAAACAGACCGUGUGAGGGCAAUAUACGAAGACCAGUGCUUUUUUCAAACAAGUGUCAAACGUUAUCGUGGGGGAUUGUUUUAAAUGCUUUAACUAGUCGCCGACAGAGCGCGAGAGAGUGGAACGAGAGCGAGUCAGCCAGCCUAGAGAGGGAUAAGGAAGAAAGAGGGAAAGUAAUUGCUGGUAUAUUUUGGUCCUCGCCAACCGUUACUUUGGAUAUCAAGAAGAUCAGAGGUUGUGUAGUCAUGGGAUGUACACUGAGCGCCGAGGAGAGAGCGGCUUUGGACAGGAGCAAGGCUAUCGAGAAAAACCUAAAAGAAGAUGGAGUCACUGCCGCGAAAGACGUAAAACUACUCCUGCUUGGGGCUGGGGAGUCAGGAAAAAGUACCAUCGUGAAACAGAUGAAGAUUAUCCACGAGGAUGGCUUCUCUGGAGAUGAUGUGAAGCAGUACAAGCCUGUGGUCUACAGCAACACAAUCCAGUCUCUGGCUGCCAUUGUCCGUGCCAUGGACACCCUUGGCCUGGAGUACGGAGACAAGGAGAGAAAAGCUGAUGCUAAGAUGGUGUGUGAUGUGGUGAGUCGUAUGGAGGACACUGAGCCCUACUCUCCUGAGCUCCUGGGGGCUAUGAUCCGCCUGUGGUCUGACUCCGGCAUCCAGGAGUGCUUCAGCCGCGCCCGAGAAUACCAGCUCAAUGACUCUGCCCAAUACUACCUAGACAGUUUAGACCGGAUCGGUGCACCUGACUACCAGCCCACAGAGCAGGACAUCCUCAGAACCCGAGUCAAGACCACUGGCAUUGUAGAAACUCACUUCGUCUUCAAGAACCUGCACUUCAGGCUGUUUGAUGUGGGAGGUCAGAGGUCGGAGAGGAAGAAAUGGAUACACUGCUUUGAGGACGUGACAGCCAUUAUCUUCUGUGUGGCACUGAGUGGGUACGACCAGGUUCUGCAUGAAGACGAAACCACGAAUCGCAUGCACGAGUCUCUUAUGCUGUUCGAUUCCAUCUGUAACAACAAAUUCUUCAUUGACACUUCCAUCAUUCUCUUCCUCAACAAGAAAGAUCUGUUUGCCGAAAAGAUCAAGAAAUCUGCCUUGAGUAUCUGUUUCCCUGAGUAUACCGGUUCUAACACCUAUGACGAUGCAGCUGCCUACAUCCAAGCACAAUUUGAGAGCAAGAACCGCUCGCCUAAUAAGGAGAUCUACUGUCACCUGACGUGUGCCACGGAUACAGGGAACAUCCAGGUGGUGUUUGACGCUGUUACUGACAUCAUCAUCGCCAACAACCUGCGAGGCUGUGGUUUGUACUAAGCCCUGAUCGCCUCACCUCUGGAAAUGAUUCUAAUUGAAAAUGCAACUUGGUAAAUAAUGACAUUUAAAAAAUAGGCAUACGUAUAUGUAUAUAUAAAUAUAUAUACAGUACCAGUCCAAAGUUUGGACACACCUACUCAUUCAAGGGUUUUUCUUUAUUUUUACUAUUUUCUACAUUGUAGAAUAAUAUUGAAGACAUCAAACUAUGAAAUAACACAUAUGGAAUCAUGUAGAAACCAAAAAAGUGUUAAACAAAUCAAAAUAUAUUUUAGAUUAUUCAAAGUAGCCACCCUUUGCCUUGAUGACAGCUUUGCACACUCUUGGCCUUCUCUCAAUUAGUACAAAUAAAGAAAAACCCUUGAAUGAGUAGGUGUGUCCAAACUUUUGAUUGGUACUGUGUAUAAUGGGGCCAUACUUGCAAACAUUAGAAACAGUUUGCCUUUAAACUGUUUCUCCGUCUCAAAAUGUGCAUCAGCCAAUGAAUAUCGUUGAUUAGUAUCAUUGUCCCAUCAAAUAGCCUGGCACAUUUUAGCCCUAUCCUAGCCUCACCAGCUGUCGGUGAUUAUUCUGUAUAACAAAGAUAUUAGACUUUUUAUCCACCAAGGCAUUUCUUGAAAUAGGUUAACCCUGGCCACCAGAGGGAUAUUUUAAACCUAUUUGGUAUGGUAUGUUAGGCCUAUGUAGAACACUAAUUAAUCAUUAAGUUAUUUAUUUUUUUACAUUUAAUUUCACCUUUAUUUAACCAGGUAGGCCAGUGACAAGUUCUCAUUUACAACUGCGACCUGGCCAAGAUAAAGUAAAGCAGUGCGACAAAAAUCAACAACACAGAGUUACACAUAAACAAACGUACAGUCAAUAACAAUAGAACAAGUCUAUAUACAGUGUGUGCAAAUGGAGUAAGGAGGUAAGGCAAUAAAUAGGCCAAUAGUAGCAAAGUAAUUACAAUUUAGCAAAUAAACACUGGAGUGAUAGAUGUGCUGAUGAUGAUGUGCAAGUAGAAAUACAGGUGUGCAAAAGAGCAAAAAAAAAUUAUGGGGAUGAGCGAUCGGUAAGCUGCUCAGAUAGCUGAUGUUUAAAGUUAGUGAGGGAGAUAUAAGUCUCCAACUUCAGCGAUUUUUGCAAUUCGUUCCAGUCAUUGGCAGCAGAGAACUGGAAGGAAAGGCGGCCAAAGGAGGUGUUGGCUUUGGACAUGACCAGUGAGAUGUACCUGCUGGAGCGUGUGCUACGGGUGGGUGUUGUUAUGGUGACUAGUGAGCUGAGACUUAUAGAUGACCUGGAGCCAGUGGGUCUGGCGACAAAUUGCUAGACAUUGAUUCAGCUUUGACCUAAACUUUAUUAAACAUGCACCAUUCUAAGAAGUGGCGAAGCGUGGCUCCGGUGUGCUCCAGCAGAUCUACACUCCUGUAUAACAGUGUGUCAGUCUGCAAGAGGGACUCCAAGAAGCUUCUCAUUAAAUAUAUUUGUAAUUUACAAGGUUUUGGCUGCACCCUUACAUCACAAUAAAUAUAAUUCUACAUUUCAAAGGAAAAAAACUAUACCUCACCUGGAAUUCGAACUUUCUGCAAACAAUGAAAAUGACCAGAAGCCAAGAUCACAACAGUGAGCUGUCCAAUUGAACUUUUGUGUGUGUUUUAGUAACUUUGAUUAGCAGAUCAACGUGUGACUUCUGUUAAGGAUGCUCUCAUGAAAAAGUGUUUGGUCACGUCCAACUAUGUCAACAUUGGUAAUUGGCUGAUACAGAAUUUGUUACAGAAAAUAAUCAUGUCCAGCUGGUGAUGUUAGCAUAGGGCUAAAUAUGCCAGGUUAUCUAAUGGGAAAAGCUAACAAGUAGCGUUCUAUCACGUGCAACUACAUCAAUGAUUUUAUUUGACUGGUGUGGAUUUAAAUGUAAAUGUUUUAAUGUUCGCAAGUAUGGUCCCAUUGUUUUUAGUUUGUCUUCAAAGAGCUGCCAACAGAACUGAUUUCUUAUAGAAACCCAGCCUUUAAAAUUUUAGAACAAAGUUGAGAACUCGUUUAAUGUUUGUUUUUUUCCCCUUCCUGACUGUCUUUUUGUUUUUAACAAAACAACCUUGUUUUUCAUAAUGUUUUUGUAUUUUUUUAAUGUUUAUCAUGUCUAUAUUUAUUACAUGAAUAUCAGUCCAUGGGUGACCUGUACACAUUUGCCUGAGUAUAUUACUGUUGUAAUUAUGCUGAAAACUGUUCUAGCUCUAACAAUGGCUAUGAUAGGUAUGAUGGUCAUGAGUACGACAGUCAAUAUCAGUUUCUUUCUUUUGUACCAGACUGGGUUUUCAUGGUAAUCCUGGAAGUUCUGUUCAGCUAUUUGAUCAUUUAGUUAAAAGGACACCCAGGAUUGAUGCACCCUUUUUCCACCCAUCCCUUCCUGUCACUCCGGUGGGCCUUUGCUAUUGGCUGUGUGGAUUAUGGAGCGGGGAGUCACAGCGUGUGACCCAAAGCCUCUGAACCAGAUAUCUGAAAAGUGUCAUAUCAGUGCCAACCCCAGGAGAAUGACAGGUUUGGAGAUAGUCCUAGGAACACUUUGUUACUGUAUUGAAUACCUAUUAACAUGAUCAUGUAAGGAACUUAUACUUUUUUAUGAUCAUUUAUUAAUUUAUUUAUUUAUCGUCUGUCCCACACACCACCUCUGCACUCACCACACACCUUGUACUUUAUUCCUCCACUCAUCUUUUUAUUUUUCUAGCACCCACCUCUCUCACCUCUCGUUUAAUUGUUUUGGGUUGGCCAUUAGCUGGGUAGUGGUGUCUCCCGUCACGCCUCCUGACACAAAUAGCAUGAGCAACCCUUCAACCCUUCAACCCUUCAACACUUCAACCCUUCAACCCUUCAGCCUUUCAACCCUUCAGCCCUUCAACCCUUCAACCCUUCAACCCUUCAGCCUUUCAACCCUUCAACCCUUCAACCCUUCAGCCUUUCAACCCUUCAACCCUUCAGCCUUUCAGCCUUUCAACCCUUCAACCCUUCAGCCUUUCAACCCUUCAGCCCUUCAACCCUUCAACCCUUCAGCCUUUCAGCCUUUCAACCCUUCAACCCUUCAACCCUUCAACCCUUCAGCCUUUCAGCCUUUCAACCCUUCAACCCUUCAACCCUUCAACCCUUCAGCCUUUCAACCCUUCAACCCUUCAACCCUUCAGCCUUUCAACCCUUCAACCCUUCAACCCUUCAGCCUUUCAACCCUUCAACCCUUCAGCCUUUCAACCCUUCAACCCUUCAACCCUUCAGCCUUUCAACCCUUCAGCCCUUCAGCCUUUCAGCCUUUGUAUAAAAAUAAUAAUACAAAUAAAAAGAGGGAGUUAAACUCAUCACAUAGAAAACGUUGAGAAAAAAUCCUACAAAAAAGGUAAAAGAAAUGGAAAAACGAAAUAAAAAAAGACAACAGCGACAUAAAGAGACAACCAUCAUAUGGACUGGGUGUUACCAGUAAUGUGGAGAUUUGAGGUCAAGGGUCAUUGGACUGUGUCUUAGUAGAAAGCUGUAGAUCCUUGGGUUCUAAAAUCUUUACAAUGUGGAUCUAUUGAAGAAAAAAUUAACAAAAAAGUAUGAUUAUGACAAUAAUAACAAUGCAGAAAAUGAUGAUGAUUAUAAUUACAAUAUCAAUGAUAAUGAUGAUUCUGUAAUAUUAUUGAAGUAUAUUUCUUGUGCUUUGUAGCUACAGAAAAAAAAAUUCUUUCUCCCUUUUAAAAAAAAUGUUUGGCAAGGGUUCCCGUGAUCCACACUUGAACCGUUUUUACUGACUUACUGAUGUUUAUGAACUGUACUGAUUAUUUCUGCCUGUUCUCCCUGCAUUACAGUGUCUUUACUUAGCCUGACUUAUAUAUAUAUAUAUAUAAUAUCUAUUUUUUUUAUUUUGUUAUUUUGGAAGAACCACUUUGGAGCACGUCCUGUCCCAUUGCUGUUAAGGGCGGGGUGUGUACGCGGCUGUACAGAUUCAUGCGCUUUCUUUUAUUUUGGGGGAAUUGUACUCAAACACCUUCCAGGUCUGCAUAGAAAAGCACAGCUCUCACUUCACACAUAGAUUUGGAAAGAUGUAUCUCUCCUCCCUAUCUGCCUUCUUGAUUUAAAUGUUUUUAAAGAAUACUGUGUAUUAUUACAUAUACCAGUUUGGCAUUCUUUUUCUUUUGAUCCCCUCCUUUUUCCUCCAUUUUUUAUCCCAGUAAAUGCUAUUCCGUGCUGCUUUUUCUCCCUCCUCUUUAGGGAAUGGUUGUUCUUUCAUGUGGGAUGUUCAUGCUGGAAUACCAAUCGAAUGUAGUGUUUACAUUAAAAGCCACAGUUUUCAUGACUACAA